UCUUCCCACUGGCCCAGCUGUCAUCUAGAAGAGAGAAUGAGGAGACCAUUCACACCGGCUGCUUAGGAAACCCAGAAAAAGGGAAAACGCUAAAAUAUGGCAACAUCUUAACGAUUAGGUCAUGACGGCGAACUGAAGGAUAAAGAAGACGGUGAAAGCUGAAAAUCUACCUAAAUGGGGGACUACGGCUUUGGAGUUCUGGUGAAGAACGGUGGUGGUAACAAAUCUGCUUUCCCUGUCAGGAUUCCUCCUCACCUUCAGCCACAGCACCUGCAGGACUCCUCCAACCCCCCCAGCCCUCCUUCCUUUGUAAACAACGCCUGCUCCACCAAUGGGGGCAGCGCUUGGCUCUUUCCCUCUGUAGCCCAGCACGGUAACAUGCAAGAUGAGAUUCUGGAAUCGGACAAGUCCAAAGCCUUGGACCUCCAAGACAUGCAGGAGAAGUCUCAAGUCCAGAGCCAGCCUCAGACUCUGUCUCCAGGCCAGCAGGAGGUUGGAGGAGGCCUAACAGAGCUUGAUGGAGUUCAUCCUGACGAUGGGUCAUUAGAGAAGGGUUCCCUGGAGAGUAGCGUCGGAAAGGAGAAAUUAAGGAUAGAGUCUCCUGGGUUGAGCAGUUUUGACUACCAGGACAACCUGGGAAUGGCUACUAGCUGUGCGCAGUCCACCCCGUCCCCAUCCUCACUGACCAGCUUUAACAACUGGUCCCCCGCCGUUCCAUCCAACCAGUCUCCUGUGGUUGGGGAAGAUGUCGGAGCUUUCUUCAGUCCUGCUGGCUCUAACGCAAACGGCCCACCGCUACUGUUUCAGAACUUCUCCCACCAUGCUGGCCCAGGCUUUGGCGUAGGAGGUAGUUUCUCCCCACAGAUCGGACCAGUCACCCAGCACCACCCCCCUACGCCCCAUCCUCACGGUCAGGGGGUUCCGCAGCAGCACCGCCGCUCCCCGGCUAGUCCGCAUCAACACCAACCUUCCUUCCCGCCACACCCCCAUCGCGCCGGACCGUUCGCCCAGCUGCCCCAUCUCGCUCCCGCUCAAAGCAAACCCCCUUCUCCGUGGGGAAGCUACCAGAGUCUGUCCACUCCUACGUCCACCUCUUGGAGUCCAGGUGGCUACAGUGGCUGGGGAGGGACACAAGGGGUUCGAGAGUACCGACGGGGCAUAGGAGGAGGGGUGGCUAGCCUUAACUCCUACUCCCCUUUGAAGAAAUCUUUCCCCAACAACCAGAUUCCCUCGCAGAAGUUCCCCAGAAAUACCUCUGGCAUCAAUCACAAGGGCUGGGUUGAGGACAGCAUGAACCGCAACGACAGCGUCUAUUCUUUCCAGGAGAGAACGCGGUCUUUUGAUGGUUUCAACAUGCACUCUCUGGAGAACUCCCUGAUUGACAUUAUGAGGGCUGAACAGGACUCUUUAAAAGGACGCUACACAUUCCCACAUCAGGGUGGAGAUGUGCCUCUGCCUUUGAAUGAUGUUCAGAAACUCAUAACGCGCUGCUUCAGCUGCUACAAACGCACUGCGGGACCUUUUGCUGCAUCAAGAUGCUCCUCAACUAUUGAGUUUGCAUGUAAACUGGCUGCUUCUGCUGAUCGCAGCGUCCAGAUUCGGCCCUGGAACCUUAACGACAGUGACUUUGUGAUGGAUGGCUCUCAGCCGCUGGACCCAAGGAAGACCAUCUUUGUAGGAGGAGUUCCUCGCCCCCUACGUGCAGUUGAGCUUGCAAUGAUCAUGGAUCGUCUGUAUGGGGGAGUUUGUUACGCCGGGAUUGAUACCGACCCUGAACUCAAGUAUCCAAAAGGCGCAGGGAGAGUGGCCUUCUCUAAUCAGCAAAGCUACAUUGCAGCCAUCAGUGCCCGAUUUGUUCAACUGCAGCACGGGGAGAUUGAUAAACGGGUGGAAGUGAAGCCAUAUGUCCUGGAUGACCAGCUGUGCGAUGAGUGCCAGGGCACGCGCUGCGGGGGGAAGUUCGCCCCUUUCUUCUGCGCCAACGUGACCUGCCUGCAGUACUACUGCGAGUACUGCUGGGCGGCCAUCCACUCCAGGGCCGGACGCGAGUUCCACAAGCCGCUGGUGAAGGAGGGAGGGGACCGGCCGCGGCACAUCUCCUUCCGAUGGAACUAAGGCUAGAGGGAGGGAGCGUUGCAUGAUCAGGGGAGGGAGCCAGAGAAAUUAGGGAAGGGGUUUAGACUGUAGUAUAAAAAAAAUAAUGCACUUUUAUUUUAAGUUAAAAAAAAUAAUAAUUUAUUUUUAUUUUUUUAAAUUUGGCCAUUUAAAAAAAAAAAGUGAAUCGAAAAAGAGUCAAAUCCCAUUUAUGUUUUGACAUUAAGUGUGCAUGAGCAUAUGGAUGCAUUAGAUUUAAAUUUAGAUGUUUUGGUUUUUUUUCUAACUGAGUGUAUUUUCGGUUUCUUAGUUGGCAAAGCUGCUUACAUUUGUUGUUGAAAGUAACAUAAGAUUUAACUGAGGUUGAUCACGCCUGAAUCAGUAUACAAACUGUGGAAGUUAAGUUGAUGAAAAGGUGCAUUUUUCCUUACUUUGUGCUUGCAGGAUUUAAGAACUGUUCCAUUUACCAAAGCUUGAGUGCAAAUGGUUGGAGCUCUGUUUCGAAUGGAUCGAUUUAUUUACCUUUUUUUUUUUUUUUCCAAGUAGAUUAGCGAAUAACCUCUGGUCACGGUAAAAAACAAAAACAAAAUCCUCCCAGAGUUUGGCACAUGUUUAGAUUGUUGGCUUAAACGUUUGGUUUAAAAGUGAACACUUGUAACCGGAAAGAGCAAACCAAAGAAUGGCCUAAAUCUGUCGUCCAAACAGUCGUCGAUCUGGGGUUUCUACUUUAAGGUGGUCCUCCUGUUUAGCAGGGGAAAAGGCUGGAGUUUCAGUUUGUAGUUUUCAGCUGAUAAAGAUACGGCCCUCCGGGCUCAGGUAUUGGCAGUAGUAUUUGUUCACUUUAUAUCGUCAGGGAUCUUAGCACUGGAAGCUAACAUGCUAAUGUAGUACUAACUAAUGGGAAUGCACAGUCCAGUCUCCCUGAGCUGUCCUCAUGGUGUACCACUGCACGCUCUACCGUGACUGGAGCUCUCUAUCACAAGUGUUGUGGUUGGAUUAUGGUAGUAGCUUGAAUUUGCUGUCACAGAGAUAAAGAUAUUAUUUUAUACAUGGCCUGCUGAUUUUUGUACAGUGUUUUAUAGCUGAUUAUUUUGUCAUGAACAUAUAUACAUUUAUUAUGCACUACUUUUUCUAAAUAUUUUUUUCAAUUGUCAUUUUAGGCACAUUUUUCACAAAUGGGAGAACUCCUUUUGCAAUACCUCAUUUUUUUCACUUUGUGGAAAAAUAAUUUUGUACCUUUGUUACUAAGAGAUCUGCAUUUAUGGUAAAUUUAAUUUAAAGAAAGUGAUUAAUAUAAUUUUUCAAUUAGCUUUUAUAUAUUUAAGUGCUGGUAAAUCUGAAAAUUGUCUGUUGCAUUGGUGUAAUUCUGUAGAUAAAAGGAAAAAAAAAAGAAGCAAGCAGAAGAAAAAAAAACGAGGCUUUUUAUAAGCCCGUCGUAUACAGUUCUCUCUCCUAAUAAUACAAUUACAGGAUCUUAAGGUAUGGCAAGACAUUUCUAAACCGAUUUUGAUAAGUAUCGAGUAUAAUCUAAUAUUUUUCUCCUUGGUGUAGUCAGUAGAAGUCUGAUUAAAGUAAAUGUUUUGGCUUUGAACAAUGUAAAAUCUUCCCUUUCUCCACCAGAGUGGAUCCCAUCCGUUUCCAAUCUCUUCUUUCCGAAAACUGCCUGUUAGUUCUACGUCUUCUCGGCAUGCAUACGAGAUAACACAGCUAGUGAUGAUGCAGGACCUAAUGUAAUGCACUAGAUCUCCUCCUUUAUUUUUAAUUUUUUCCUUUUAAAAAAAGAUUUUCUUUCCUUAUCUCGUUGAGAUUGCCUCUCUUGUAGCCUCUCUCUACACGAUGGAGUCUGCCUUCCUUUACAGACAUGUUUAUGCAAUAUACACCCUGACAACACUUUGGAUGUGUUUUUGUAAUGUAUUGGACACUCAGUAGGACAUAGGCGAGGAGACGUGAUCACUUGACCCCUACCCCCUCCUCCUCCUUUGUGAUGUGGCAUGCUUUGGGACAUAACCUGAAUGUUAUUUAAUGUUGCAAGUUAACUUUGAGCCAUUACGUGCAAUACUUCUUCUUUCCAGAAACAGUUCUCCGCAGUGUACGUCAUUCUGUCAUAAAAAAAAAAAUAAUCAUGCAGUCUUUUACACUUUUUUUUCCAUUUCCUAUUGUUCAUGCUGAUGUCUGUGAAAAGAAACAAAAAAUAAUUUAUACCUAAAUUUAUUUUGUAAACCUUAGUUUUGUGCUUCUUUACUUAUUUUGCUACUACCAUGCUACUGUGAUUGAAAACAUGAUGUAUAUACAAGGUUGAUGUAUUUGGCAUUUGCUAUAUUUUCAAUUGAAACGUAUAACAUUUUGAUCUAAUCUUUUAUCUUUUUAUUUUGGGGUGAAGUGUUAAAAUUGUCUAGUUUUUUUGUUUUUUUUGAAUCGCUGUAACAUGCUUCACAGUUUCACAUGGAAAAAAAUUAUGUCUUAGUAUGGCUUGAUUGCAAAAUUUCAAUAGUUUUUAAUUGAAUGCUGGGAAGGUUAUAUUUAUUAACUUUUUUUUUUUUUUACCUGAUAUUUUGAUUUUUUUUUACUAAGUCAUUUCACCUUUAUAUGUAAGUUCCAAUUUUUAUAUUUUCUUCCUGAUUAAUUUUUCGCUACAAUACAGACGUCAGUUUUUAUAGUUGGUUUGUAGUAUUGAAGUAAAAGACCUAAAGUCAUAAAUUAAUUUGCUGCCAACUGUUUGUAACUGUAUGCAUACAUUUGAAGUAUUUGUAAUGUGAGAUGUUGAAUGAAUAAAACAGCUGUGAGGAAGAAGAUGAUUGUAGUUUUAUUAAGGGGAUCUAAUGAGGACGGCUGAUGGAGAAGGUGAAUAUUUUCCUGUGAUGCAGACCAUCCAAGUGUUUCUUUGGACAUCGGGAUAAAUUCAGUUUUAUUUUUUUGGUGGAAAACUCACAUUUUUCUAGAUUUGUGAAAUAAGGCAAACU